AUGGACACCACCAAGCACCCCGCCUCGACCGAUCCCGCCGCCGCCGCCGCCGACCUCAACGCCAGGUUCCGCAAGAUGCGGCUCGUCGGCGACCCCUCCUCGCCGCAGCCGCAGCCCCAGCCCCAACCCCCGCUCCAGCCGACCACGAUGAGGCAACUGGAAGUUCUGGCGGCGCCGGCGCAGCAGUACCAUCAUCUUCAGCCGCAACCCCAACCCCCGCUCCCGCCGAUCACGGCGGCCGACUUGUUGAGGAAACUGGAACUUCCGGCGGCGCCGGCGCAGCAGUACCAUCAUCCACAGACGCGGCUGCAGAGCUAUGGCAUGGGCGAGAGCUCCACGGGCGCCGGCGCCGGGCAGAACUAUGGCAUGGGCGAGAGCUCCACGGUCGUCGGGUACGUCCCGCCCUAUGCCUCCAGCAGCAUCCACGCCUCGCACUUCGGCAAGCACAGCCCGCGCCACAACGCCGCCCCCGCCGCGCCCACCGCGCCAAAGCUACCAGGCGCCAAUGCUGGGCAGUUGGACCCCAACCCUAACCCCAUCGCCCCGCCCAACCCAUCGGUGCCGUGCCCGCGCGCGUCGUCGACGCUGAGCGCCAGCGCCGACCUCUUCCAGCCUGCUAUGCCCAUGGAGGACCCCAAUCUCGCCGCAUACUGGGACGAUCACGAGUCCGUCUUCAACCCGUACGCCCCCGCUUUCCAGAGCACGCUAUUCGCUAACCCGGCGGGCUACGGGUCGUGGGUCCCCGCGGCGGCGCCUCACUGGUACCCGGCCCCGACGCUGGCGCAGGUCCGCUCGCGCCUGCUCCGCCGCCCGAUGGAGCCUGAACUUCUGGCGUCCCCGGUGGCCUCGGCCCACGUGGCCCGCCUGCUCAACGACGGCGACGAGCAAGUGCGCCGGAGCGUGCUCGCCACGUUCAAGCGCGACGUGCGCUGCUUCAUGGAGAGCAGCGCCCAGAAGCAGGCCGUCCUCCUCGCGCUGGUUCGCGCCUGCAUGUGGCGGGACGACGAGCUCCAGGACAUUGUCAUCGCCGUGUACCACACCAAUGGCUUUCUUUCGGGCGUCGUUCAACACAAUCACGGGUUGGCAGCUCUGAAGGAGCUGAUCAGGGCAGCGGUAUUAGCUCAUAAUCAGCUGCUCAGGCCGAUCGUCGAGUGGCUUCUCCGUGAACCCCUGUUCUAUAAAUGCCCGGAGCUGCUUGAGCACUGCUUCAUCACGAUGCCUUACGAAUAUAUCAAGAUUCUGAUCCGGUUCGCCAUCGUGCACUAUGCCGAGCUGCUCUCCUCGUCCUCUGGGUCGAGAUGCCUGUCACAAUGCUUCGUGUAUGCGAGAGACAAGGAGGUUGAGCCUCUCGAGAGGAUCAUCCUGGACUACACCGCCGUGCUCGCCACCGGCCAAUACGGCAACUAUUUCUUGCAGCGAGUCAUCGAGUGCGGCGGCGAGCGUCUCCAGGUGGCCAUCGCCGAGCGCGUCGCGGCGGACGUGGUGAGCCUGUCGUCGGACCAGUUCGGGAGCUACGUGGUGGAGUCGUGCUUCCUCCAGAUGCGCUCGCUGGCGCCGCUGCAGGUCGUGCUCACCGCGUUCCUCGCCCUGGGCGAUGACGACCUCGCCGGGCUCGUGCGGGGCGGCUUCUCCAACUACGUCGUCAGCAAGCUGCUCGUCGUGGCCAAUAACCACAUGCCAGCGCAGGCGAGGGAGCUGGCGCGGCGGAUCGAGAAGCUUCCGACGGCGGUCCACCGCGAGAUGCACGCUCGCGGGGUGAUGGCGGUCGUCAGGAAGCUGAUUCACAGGCAAGAGGCAACCAGGCUUUACUAG